AUGAAACCAAUUUUAAAAAUAAAUGAAACAGAGGAGGAAGAAAUAAAUGAAAGUGAAAAUGUUCAACAAAAAAUAAACGUUGUUAAACCAAUUACUGAAACAAAAAUUUUUUCAUCUGUUGAAGAAUUUAAUGACUAUUAUGCUAAUAAUAAAAAAUUAUUUGAAGAAUUGACAA